AUGGACCGCGGCGCCGCUUUGGCUCUGAUCCAGGCAGAUGGCCUCAAGCUUAGAUCCCUCAGCAAUGAGUUGCGCAACGACAAGGAGCUUGUGUUGCAAGCGGUGUCGAACUCCGGCUCUGCUUUGCGCUACGCCUCCGAGGUGCUCCGCGGGGACAUUGAGGUCGUCACUGCUGCAGUUACACAGCACUGGAUGGCAUUGCAGUAUGCAUCAGAGAACCUCAAAGAUGAGUUCGACAUCGUCCAGAUAGCCGUCAAAGGCAACGGCCUGGCGUUGCGCGAAGCAGGAGCCUUGUCCCGGGACAACGUGCACCACGUUAUGGAGGCCCUCCAGCGGGACGGCAGGGCUCUGCAGUACGCCUCUGACAACCUCAAGAAGGACAGCUUCGUGGUCAUGGAAGCGCUCAAACAUGACCCCGAGUCGCUGGAGUUCGCUGACGAGGAGCUGAAACACAACCUCGAAGUGAUCAUGCCGGCUCUGCGUCGUGAUGGGGCAGUUCUGCGAUUCCUCCCAUACGAGCUCCGAGACAGCCCCGAUGUCGCAAUGGAUGCUGUCCAGACCUUCGGCCUGGCGAUUUCCUUCGCCACUGAGCAGGUGCGAGCAGAUCGCGAGGUCGUCAUGGCCGCCGUGCGCAAGGAUGGGAUGGCCCUGGCCUAUGCAUCGCAAGACCUCCAGGACGACGAGUCCAUUGUGGAGGCCGCUACCGAAGAGAAUCCCAGGGCCCUGCAGUUCGCUUCCGACCGUUGGCGGCGAGACAAGGAGCUGCUGAUGCGCAUCCUUGGGAUCGACGGCCUUGCGCUGGAGUUUGUGACUGGAGGCCUGGCCGAUGACUUCGAGGUAUGCAUGGAGGCUGUCGGCGAGAAGGGCGCUGCACUGAUCCACUGCUCGGCUGCGAUGAGAGACAAUGAGGAGAUUGUUCGGACUGCACUGGCCAGCGACGGCAUGCAACUCUUGAACAUCUCCAGUCGUCUCCGGGAGGAUCGCGACUUGGUUAAGCUUGCGGUGAGCAGGAUGAGGCUGCAGGAGAUGGCUGCCAUGCUCCACAAGGUGCCACCCGGGUCCGUGCCCUUCAAAGCUUUAUCUGCGGGUUGCGAUCACACGUGUGUGGUGAAAGAGGAUGGAAUGGGGCCUGUGGUGACGGUUUCAGCAGGUUGCAAUCACUCCAGCGCCGUGUGCGCGAAUGGGCACUUGACCUGCUUCGGUUCCAACAUGGCAGCACAACUCGAGAUCCCUGCGAACCUGGGUCCUGUGGUUGCCGUCUCGUCGGGCUGCCUGCACACAUGCGUGGUGAAGCCAAACGGAAAGCUGGUGUGCUUCGGGGAUAACAGCGCGGACCAGUGCAGUGUUCCAGACGGAAUAGGCCGGAUGAUGACGGUCUCGGCUGGCUGCGAUCACACAUGUGCGGUGGCGGCCAGUGGGCAGCUGGUCUGCUUUGGUUCCAACCUUUGUGGCCAAUGCGAUGCACCGGAGGGCUUGGGACCUGUGAAUUGUGUUUCUGCGGGCUGCAAGCACACUUGUGCUUUGCAGGCUGAUGGGCAGUUAGUAUGUUUUGGAUCCAAUUUGGAUGGUCAAUGCGAUGUUCCGGAAUCCUUGGGUCGAGUGACUGCUGUUUCAGCUGGCUUUGAUCAUACCUGUGCAUUGACUUCUGACGGCCGCUUAGUUUGUUUUGGAGACAACAGCGCAGGCCAGUGCGAGGUACCCACAGGCUUGGGGUUUGCAGUGGCCGUUUCUGCCGGCCGUGCGCACACCUGCGCUCUCACGGCAGAUGGGCAGCUGCUAUGUUUCGGGGAGAAUGUGGAGAGCUGCGUGUCGAGGGUCGUCAGCUCUGAGGACGUGACCUCCUGGAAGGCUGGGCGACGAAAAGUUAGUACCGAAAACCUUCCCUCGAAGGUCUUGAGCCAAGACUUUCAGGCGGGCAAGAGCGUUAAGGACGUCGAAGAGUCGCUGUGCCAGCAGAUACGAGAGUUACGGCGAUCCUUGGAGCAUAGCAUCGAGGUCGUCUCUGGCACCACUGUGGCGCAAAAGCAGAACCUCGAGGUCGUGAACGCAAAACUGCGAGUGGUGGAACAGAGGACCAUACGGCACACCAGCGAACUCAAAGCAGUGAUGAGUUGUGUGGAAAAGCAUGGGCUUCUUGAGGAUGGAAUGGCGCCUGUGCGCCAACAGCUAUCAGACAUGGAGUUGAGAGCCAAGUCUUCCAGGGAGAACAUGGAUCGCCUGCACAACCAUGUCCACGAGUCGGUGGCUCGAUUGGACGAGGACCUCCGGCGUCUGGACCAAAGCCUUUGUGGCGACGUCAUGCGCAUGGAGCUGUCUACUUUGGCCUCCCAUGUCCAAGACCUGCGUCGAGACCACGGCAACUUUGCCCUUUGGGCACGUCCCGUCCUGGAGGAUCUCCUACCGAUGCCAGCCCAGGUCCGCGACAUGGGCGAAGAGCUGGUGGCAUUGGGGAGUCGGCAGGGACGAUGUGAGGAUGACGUCAACAAGAUCACCCGCUUGGGUCGCAUCUUGGACGACAAGGUGGAGGUUUUCGAUGACCUCCAGCGGCGCAUGGAGGAGUUGAACGCCAACGCCCAGCGUGUCCUCGGAUCCCAGUUCGCAGCAUCUGUUCGAUGCCUCGGCUGUCGCGAGCCGGUUGUCACAGAGGAGGACAGCUGGGCGCAACGCUGUCGCACGCCCUCACCGCCGAGGAGCCUCCUGCUGUUCAGCAGUAGCAUCUCGGUGUCCAAGAGCCUCAAUCAAGACGUGCAUAAGCAUGCAUGUCUUAUAAUUCUAAUUACAGCUUCGUGCUCUUGA